CCACUCGCUGCGAAGCCUCUUGCUCCCUCAGUCACCUGCCGCGUACUGUCCGAGACGCGCGCUCAUACGAUGAAAGGCACACUCUCGAAUGAUUCGAUCGAAUCGAAAAUUUAACCGCGAAAUUGUGAGGUGCAAGUGAUCAGUGACAUUUCUUUUGAGGUCUCGAUUUUUUCUAAAUAAUUUUCGGAUGUCCAGAUAUUUAAUUAAAAAUCGUGACCUUCAAAAGAAAUAGUUAAAGGAAAAUGAAAGGAAGAAUUCACAAUUGAUUCAAAGACUGAGAAUGACAUCUUCGAAAGACAUAAGUGACUGAUGUCCUAGCAGUGAUUGUGAGUAGUGAAAACACCAUCGAUAUCAAAAUGUGCAGCAAGGAUCAGAUAAGUCACAUACUUGGAAAGAUCAAUGUGGGUCUCCCAUCUUGGUCGCGCGGUCUGGAGGCAGCGGAAGCGGCGCGCGCGCGCCUCGUGCGCUGGGCGUGCGGCGACGCGCCCCCCGAACCGGACCCGCCGCGGAAGAAGAUGCCUCACGCCCUGCGCCGCCGGUGGCCGAUGUGCCCCUGCUUACAAAAUGACGAGCCACCCGAGAUCACGUACUGUGUGGUGGGCGGCGAGGGAGGCCUCGCGCUGCAGGCGGUCACCCCCACGCAUCCCAUGCCGCCACAAGAUGAGCUGGACGCGAAAUUUGCAGAAUUGGUGGAAGAGUUGGACUUGACAGCGGUCAAUAAAGCGGCGAUGAUGGAACUGCCCGCGGCGAAAAAGUGGCAGAUCUACUGCAGUCGACGACCGCCACCUGGACAAGCGCCCCCACUGGCAACAGCGCCGCAAGUUGAAGACUACAUCAAGGCUCUGAACGAAAUUGCUGAUGCCUUUUCAUCAUCGGAAGCAAUAACACCCACCGAAGCGUGUGCACUAGUCGAUGGUUUGAAGACCGCGCUUCGGACGCGAGCGCACAGUUUCGUCCUGCGUUUCAUCAAGCAGGGCGGUCUUGCUGCUUUGUUGGAAGCGCUGCAAAGAGCCCCACGAGAUGACGCCACCACAAGACACAACCUUAUUGCUGGGAUCAAAGCACUUAUGAACAACUCGACGGGUCGAGCUCACGUCCUAGCGCAUCCUACGAGUAUCGAUCUGAUCGCGCAGUCGAUGGACACAGAAAAUGUUAAGACUAAAGUUGCUGCCUUGGAGAUUUUGGGAGCAGUUUGUCUCGUACCAGGGGGACAUAAAAAGGUCUUGGAAGCAAUGAUCCACUAUCAAAAAUACGCAGGCGAACGUGCUCGCUUCCAGGGCAUUGUGAACGAGUUAGACCGUAGUACGGGCGCGUAUCGUGAUGACCUAGGUCUUAAGACCGCCAUUAUGUCCUUCGUCAACGCCGUACUUAAUUACGGCCCCGGGGAAGAAAGCUUAGAAUUCAGGCUACACUUGAGAUAUGAGCUUCUCAUGUUAGGAAUACAGCCCGUAAUAGAGAAACUUCGAAAAUACGAAAACGAGACCCUCGAUAGGCACAUCGAAUUCUUCGAAAUGGUACGAAAUGAGGACGAGAGAGAACUCGCCAGGAGGUUCGACAAACAGCACGUCGAUACCAAGAGCGCGGCCGCCAUGUUCGAACUGUUGAGGAGGAAGCUCAGUCACACGGCUGCGUAUCCACAUCUACUCUCCAUGCUGGAACAUCUCUUAUUACUACCAUUGGAAUACAACCCCCACUCGCAACACUGGCUGCUGCUGGACCGAGUGGUGCAGCAGGUAAUCCUGCAGCAGCCCGCCGCCGGCAGCCGCGCCAACAGCGACCGCGACAGCGCCUCCGACACCGGCUCCGAUCACGUCAAGGUUUAUGAUCCAGACGUCGCUCCCUUGGAAAUAAAUGUUGGGGAGAUCGUUCACUUACUAGCUAAAGAAGAAGAAUUGGUCGCCGCUAGGACUAAAGCUGAGAACUUGGAGAGGGAAAACGUUGACAUGGCUACAGAACUAGCAAAGAAGGAGAAGCAAGUGGACCAGCAAACGCAAGAAAAGGAGGAGCUGGAAGGAGUGGUCUCGAGGCUGAAGGAGAGGCUCGAGAGGGAGACGGCUGCUCACAUGGAGUGCACGGAACGGGCCAGGUCAUCGGCCUGCAGAGCCCACCAGCUCGAACAACAGUUGAAUCAAGAGCGAGCUGAGCGAGCGAGAUUCGAGAAACUGGUCAGCGAAGGUAGCAUACCUGAUGACGCGAAGGUCAGCAAUCUGAAGAGCGCAGUUAUCGAAACCUGCAGUGUGCCACCACCUCCACCUCCACCAUCGCUCUGCCCCCCUCCACCCGCCGCACCGAUGCCUCCCCCGGCCCCUCUUGCACCCCCGGCCCCUCUCGCUCCAGUACCCCCGAGACCUAAGAAGAACGUUCCCACCCCCGGUAACCCGCUCAAGAGCUUCAACUGGAGCAAGUUGCCGGAUACGAAACUCCACGGUACGAUCUGGCAAGAGCUCGACGAUGCGAAGUUGUACAACGCGAUGGAUCUGCACGCGAUCGAUAAGAUGUUCUGCGCCUACCAGAAGAAUGGCGUUCAGAACGAAGGAUCCGUAGAAGAUUUACGACAGCUAGGUUCCAAGCCGCGCACCAAAAUCUUAUCUGUGAUCGACGGUCGUCGUGCCCAAAACUGCACGAUCCUGCUUUCGAAGUUAAAGAUGUCUGAUGAGGAGAUUUGUCGAGCAAUUCUGCGCAUGGACAGCGGAGAACAGCUUCCACUUGAUAUGGUGGAACAGCUGCUGAAGUUCACACCGAGUGCUGAAGAAGCUGCUCUGCUGGAGGAACACCAGGAUGAGCUAGACAGUAUGGCGCGAGCGGACCGAUUCCUCUAUGAAAUUUCCAAGAUCCCCCACUACUCGCAGCGGGUGCGCACGCUGCUGUUCAAGAAGAAGUUCUCGGGCGCCGUGGCGGAGGCCAGCAGCCGCGCGUCCGUCGUGCUGCGCGCCGCGCGCGACAUGACGCGCUCGCGCCGUCUGCGCGCGCUGCUCGAGAUCGUGCUGGCGCUCGGCAACUACAUGAACCGUGGCGCUCGAGGAAACGCGUCGGGCUUCCGAUUGUCAUCUCUAGGAAAGCUAGCAGACACCAAGUCUAGCGUUUCGCGAAACACAACGCUGUUACACUAUCUCGUUGAGCUGUUGGAGACGCAGUUCAAAGAAGUUCUUCUACUCGAAGAAGAUCUACCCCACGUAAGAGCAGCUGCUAAAGUCUGCAUCGACCAACUAGAGAAGGACGUCGGCGCCUUACGCAAUGGUCUACGCGAAGUGUCGAGGGAAUUGGACUAUCACGCGUCUUUACCAGCUCCAGCACAACCGAAUGACGCUUUUGUACCAGUCAUGAGGGAGUUCCACGCCCAUGCUGUCUGCUCCUUCACCCAGUUAGAAGAUUUGUUCCAGGAUAUGAAGAGUCGUCUGGAAGCUUGCGCUCAUGCCUUCGGUGAGGAACCCAGUGCGUCUCCAGAGCAGUUGUUCGGUGCUUUGGAUGCAUUCCUCACUCAGUUGGCAGAGGCCAGGGCCGAGUGUGACGCAGCCAGGAGACGGAGGGAUGAGGAGGAGAGGAGAACCAGGCACGAACAGGAGCUCAAGAAACGUACAAUGGAAAGAAAACAGGGCUCCAGCCUCCUCAGUUCAGUUGGUAGGUCACUCGGUAAAUCCAACGGCACCACCGAUUGCAACGGGCACUCCGGUGACAAUUCCAGAGACGGCACCUUGACCAAUGGACAGAAAGGGGAAUUCGAUGAUCUCAUAUCAGCUCUGAGGACCGGUGACGUAUUCGGCGAUGACGUAGCCAAGAUCAAGAGAUCAAGAAAGGCCGCUAAGGCAGGGUACAAGGGCAGAGACUCCCCACCACGAGGAGUCUGCAGAGAAGAUUCCAGGGAACGACAGAAGAACUGAGCUUAUCCAGAUAUGAUGUAAUGGAAUUCCGAGUGAUCUGUUCCCUGGAAUGUCGGGAACAUUAAAUAUAAGCGUUUUAAGUGAUAUUUCCAGUGUUGGAUGUAGAUUAGAUUAAAAUAAUCGAGUCACAAAUAAACGUGUUUACUUAGAGAAAUAGUAGGUUGAUUGUGCCAAUAUUUGGUUUGUUCGUGCAGGACGUCCCAACCAGUGUGACACGUCUUAAGGGCGUAAAUAUAUACAGACAGGUCGUAUUGCGUCGGACUUUUUAACGAAAACUAUUUGGAAUCAUAAAUCUUCAAAGACGAACGACAAGUUAUGUUACAACCUAUAGCGUGACAGUGUGAUAUUUUUUUGUCACAUUAAAUUUAAAAUCAUAAAAUUACCUUUAAAGUCCGGGAAGUCGUGCCGCAAAGGUUGGGAUUUCAUGCUUUAUCCUUUAUUGUGGUUCCCACUUUGUGAUCUGUGACGAAUUGUAAAAAGAUCCAUAGACAAUAUGGAUGAUAUUCUUUAUGGUAUACGGAUCUUUUUUAUCUAUGAUCAAUUAUAUUUAUAAUUUUAUUUAAGUUCAAUAAUUGAACGAAGAUUGUUGCUUAGACAAAGUGCUUGUAUAUCAGCAUAUAAUUCUCCAUUUAUGAAGUUAUUAAACAAAAAAAAUAGCUAAUAAAGAAAUUCAAUAUUAUGAAUGUUAGUGACGUAACCAAAAAAAAAUAAAUAUAAUUAUAUAAUCAGCUGUUUUGAU